AUGGAGAUGUCAAUGCCCCCACCUCAGAUAUAUGUAGAAAAAACUCUGGCUAUUAUCAAACCAGAUAUUGCUGACAAAGAGGAGGAGAUACAAGAUAUUAUUCUCAGAUCUGGAUUCACCAUUGUUCAGAGAAGAAAACUCCAUCUCAGCCCUGAGCAAUGUAGUAACUUUUAUGUGGAACAGUAUGGGAAAAUGUUUUUCCCCAAUUUAACAGCUUACAUGAGUUCUGGACCACUUGUUGCCAUGAUAUUAGCUAGACAUAAAGCCAUCUCUUACUGGAAAGAACUUUUGGGACCAAGUAAUACCUUAGUAGCUAAAGAGACUCACCCAGACAGUUUAAGGGCAAUUUAUGGCACAGAUGACCUGAGGAAUGCACUUCAUGGGAGCAAUGAUUUUGCUGCAGCAGAAAGAGAAAUUCGAUUCAUGUUUCCUGAAGUGAUUAUUGAACCCAUUCCAGUUGGACAAGCUGCUAAGGAUUAUUUAAAUUUAUAUGUAACACCAACUCUGCUUGAAGGACUCACAGCACUUUGUAAGGAGAAACCAGCAGAUCCUUUUAUUUGGUUAGCUGAUUGGCUCCUGAAAAAUAAUCCCAACAAGCCAAAGCUGUGUCACAAUCCAGCUGCAGAAGAACCUUAAAAUAAAAUUCCUCAAAGAACAAAUCACUAUCUUACUGUGAAAGACAUGCUUCUACUUUAAAACAAACAAA